CGGACCCGCCGCGCUAUGGAGCCCCCGGGCACGGCCGGGGCGCCGGGCUCGGUGGGGCGGCCCUGGGAGGAGGCCAAGGCUUUCUACGAUAACCUCGCCCCCAAGAAGAAACCUAAAUCGCCAAAGCCCGAGAACGCCAUCACCAUCGCGGUGUCGUCGCGAGCGCUUUUCCGCAUGGAGGAGGAGCAGAAGAUUUACAACGAGCAAGGGGUGGAGGCGUAUGUGAAAUACCAGCUGGACCAUGAGAAUGAGCCCUUCCUCCCUGGGGCUGCCUUCCCCUUCGUCAAGGCGCUGGAAGCGGUGAACACGCAGUUGCGCGAGCUCUACCCCGACAGUGAGGAGCUCUUCGACAUCGUCCUCAUGACCAACAACCAUGCCCAGGUUGGGGUUCGCUUGAUCAACAGCAUCAACCACUACGAUCUGUUCAUCGAGAGGUUCUGCAUGACGGGAGGGAACAGCCCCAUCUGUUACCUCAAGGCCUAUCACACCAACCUCUACCUCUCCUCUGACGCCGAGAAAGUGAGUGGGGCCAUUGAAGAGGGGAUCGCUGCAGCCACCAUCUUCAGCCCCAGCAAAGACCUGGAGGUGUCGGAGAACCAGCUGCGGGUGGCAUUUGAUGGUGACGCCGUGCUUUUCUCCGAUGAGUCGGAGCAGAUCGUGAAGGCUCACGGCUUGGACAUGUUCUUUGAGCAUGAAAAGGCUCAUGAGAACAAGCCUCUGGCACAGGGACCCCUGAAGGGCUUCCUGGAGGCCCUGGGGAAGCUGCAGAAGAAGUUCUAUUCCAAGGGGCUGAGGAUGGAGUGUCCCAUUCGCACCUACUUGGUCACUGCCAGGAGCGCGGCCAGCUCGGGAGCCCGGGCCCUAAAGACUCUGCGUAGCUGGGGCCUGGAGACGGAUGAGGCUUUGUUCCUGGCCGGCGCUCCCAAGGGGCCGCUGCUGAAGAAGAUCCGUCCUCACAUCUUCUUCGAUGACCAGAUGUUCCACGUGGAGGGAGCCAAGGAAAUGGGCACCGUCGCUGCCCACGUCCCCUACGGCAUUGCCCAGAAGCACAAGCAGCCGGCGCAGGAGAAGCAAACCCCGAACAGCAAGUAGCGGAGCUGGCUGAUCCCGCGGCCCCCGGCACGCGGCACAGACUUCACCCCGUGCACCACGCUCCGACCUGGGUUGUGGGCUGCAAGGCCGAGAGCGUUUGCCCUGGCGAGCGCGAGGUUGUUCCCCAGCGGGAGCCUUGUCGGGGGCACGGAGGGAGGAGGGGGGUGACAAAAGGCUUCUUCUCGCCUCUGUAUUUGUUGCAAUGUUGUGGCGUCGUCCCCAUUCCUCGUGGGGCCGGAGGCUCCCGGGGCAGCCCCACGAGCCGUUUCCCAUUCAUCCGCACUCUGCACUUGCUUUAAGCAAAAUCCCUCGAGGAUGGAUCUCACCUUCUGUGGACUGUUUGUGCCAGGCAGGUUUAACCUAUUGGUGUUUCUUUAAAACCCCAGGUAAUUCCCAAAGCCUUUGAUUUACGAAGCAAAUGUUCAGGCUGAUCUGUUGAACCGGAAAGUUGGGAGCACACAAAAACCCUUCUUGCAGCUUUGAAACAAAAUAUUGUCCCUUUUAACUAAAAUUAAACCAUAAUAUUGUUCCUUUACAGACCCAGCUCCUGCUCCCCAACUAGAAAAUCUUUCACGUCUUUGUCCCUUCACCAAGAUUUUCUCAGCUGAACAGGUUUCUUUUCAUGCACUAAAAUUUGGAAAAAUAGAAACAAACACCUUUUUUUACAUAUAUAUAUAUAUAUUUAAAAAAAAAAACAAACCAGAAAUGCUGUUUCCUGCUUGGAGCUUUGGGCUAGUGUAUUGUUGGCCCAGGUUUUUAAAUUUGGGUUUCACAGUUGCGUGAGUUAGCACUUAAGAAUAAUAAUCUCAGUGAGGCAUCCAAAGCCCAGCUCUUGUGUGAGCCGUCCAGGGUCCGCAGAUACAUGCCUAGGGCUUGGAUUAAGUUAAAAGCAGGGCCUAAUAUAUUAGGGACAUCAUUUGAAGUCCAUUUAGGUGAAUCUGCAGAGAAUUUCAGCCUGGGGGUUUUAAUUAAAGGAAUUUUUUUUUUCCCCUUUCUAGGCUGAGCCCAUAUGAGUUGAUAAUCUUUUUCUCCUCAGCUUCUUAAAACCGCUGGUGUUUCCUAAAAUAGACACCUCUGCUAGUGAUGCUGUGAGAGAGAACCAAAUCUCCGAUUAAAAAACAGGGAGAGGAAUCGGUUGGAGAGCUUCUCCGAAAUCAGUGUGAAAAUCACACUGACCUUUCUGCACAAAGCCCUGUGCCAAAGGACAUUCUUAAGAGAAAAAUUUAAAGAUUACUUCUUUCUUGUGGUUUUUUUCUUUUUUUUUUUUUUUUUUUUCUUUAGGCAGUACACCCCACGGCUGGGCACGAAGGAUGUCCAGUGUUAUCAGAUAGUGGUUUUCUACAAACACCAACUCCAUGGGCUGAAGUUUUCCGAGGUAUGUGUCUGCCUCUGGCUCGGCUUUGCAGGGAGGUUUCAGCUAAAACAGCUCAGCCCUUCCCGACAGCGAGGCUAGAGCUCGAGUUAUUGCACUUUUAACGAAUAUAUAAACAAGCUAGGGAUGCCUUCGGUGGCUCGAGAGACUGUUUUCUCAUAGCAGUGAAAAGCACUUUUUCCCCCCCCAAACUAUUUAACUUUGACAGACUGUUAAUUUGUCACAUCUGGGUGUGACAAGCACCUUAGAGGAAGGUCUAAAAUCCAAAUGAAGUCUUGAAAGAAAUGAAUAUCUCAGUAACACAUCUACUAAUAUACAGGUUUAUAAAAAGGUCUCGUCUUUUUAAUGUGAAGCCCAGAUAUUGGGAUCUGAACUGUAUCUCGGAGACCCUUUUGGCAGCGGGGAGGGAGAGAACAGCCUGGCUUCCCAGUAAACAUCUCCAAGGUGGUUCCUGAAGAUCGCAUCGUGGAAGCCCAGCCAAGCCCAGCUCACAAACGGGCUGCACCGGGGCCUCCCACCAGCCCGGGAGCAAAAGGAAUAGGGUUGUCGGGAAGCCCUUGGGCACCCCCGGCCAGGGCAGGGUGCUGGUGGGAUCGGCCACAGGGUGCAAGCACAGCCACUGGGGAUGGGUGCUUGCACCGGCUGCCGUGGAGGAUGAGGGGUGUUGGCUGUGCAGGUGGAGAUGCCCUGUCUGAAGGUGCUGUUAGCUGCAGGGAAGCAAUGGGUUGUGGUUUUGGGGCAGGGCCCUGGAUCUCAGCAGCUUUCACUGCUGCCGUUCCGGGCCCUGGGAUGCACAGGGAGCUGGGUGCGAGCCCGGGGGCAGGGGCACGGUGCAGGCAGGAGUUUUAGUGACUCUGCUUAGGGUCCUCUUGCUGCCAGGGCAGGUUAGGGGCUCGCCGGGAGAUGUGGGGCUUGGGAAACGGGCCCCAAGUGAGGGAGACCUCCCUUUGCACCUCCUGAGGGGGGAGGAUUUUCUGUUCCUGCAAUGGCUGUCCCAUUUGCUUUUAUCCACGUGGCUUCCUACGUUUUUUUUCCUCCUCCAUCACUACAACCGGCAGCUGUGGAUUUGCUGCUUGUGUACCUUCCCCGCGUGCCCAUCCGUGCCAGCCCCUCGGGCUGGGGGAGCGAUGCGGUCCCCAGGACUGGCUGCAUGGGCCACCAUCUCCCCCCCGAUGGGCCGGUGCGGCUGUGCCUCUUGUGCUGCGCUGGCUGACGACUGGACUUUCCCCGCUGUGUGUUGUUGCUGUGGGUUUCACUUCAUUGUCCUCCGGCGGUUUUUCUUGUCAAUGGACUGCCAUGUUAAUGAAAUCCCUUUGGGUGUUUUUCUGUAAUAAACUGUGUUGGUCCCA